AUGGACGCAGUUCAAGUUAUUGAUAAGGAAACUAGAGUGCUGAUCUUUGUCUCCAAGAUUGCAGGUGUUGCUCCACUACACUUUGACAACAGAAAGUCGAAGUUUAUUGUGUCUAUGAAAGCUAAACUAUAUAGCAUUAUCGUGGCGACAGUGCUACUAUUGGCAUUUCUCACUGGGAUUUUCUUGGUGGUUCAAUCACGUGGAUACGAGGAUAGUAUUUUAAAAUACUCGAAAUAUUGUCAUUUGUCCCUCAGUGGAGCAGCUGUUUUUGUGUUGACAGUUUGUAGCACUACAUUAAAGCAGUGUCACGUGGACUAUUGGCAAAUCAAAUUUGUAGCAGUAAAAAAAAUUAUCUUCAAAGAUUAUUUGACAGAAUAUUCAGGUACUAAAACAUUUUUUACACCUACAGUUACAGGAACAAUUGCCGCCUAUGGUUUUUGUUGCGGCAUAAGUCUAUGGCAGUUUUCAGACAAUAAUAUAUGUUUGUUGUUGACACCAUUUUUUAUCUCAGAUUUCAUCAAGAACAUUGUGGUUUUACAAUUUUUAAUAUUCAAUAGUACUACACAGAGACUGUCCGAGCAAAUAAAUGAGCAUUUGUUAUGUGUUUCUGGAUUACCUAAAGAGGAAGACCUAGACAGCAAUAUUUCGGCUUCUGUCAACACUGCUGUCGGUAGCUGCACUUUGACUAACCCAAGGAAAUCAGUUGAAAAGCAUCGCCAGUACAAGCAACCGAGGAUGUCUUGGAUCCGAAGUUCAGAAGGAACUGUCUACUGCAGCAAUCCAUUUGCUGGUUCUGCUAGGAAGGAAGUUGGAAAAUACGUUCUUUUGAGAAAACUACGAUACGCUCACUGCCUCUUUUAUGAAAUUAGUAGAAGCGUCAACGUAGCCUUCAGCACACAAAAUCUAGUGCUGAUGGUCUCUUCUUUCGUCUCUAUGGUAGUCCUAAUGUAUGAGAUUGUGAUAGUUUCCUUCGACAUGAUAUUAACGAGAUCAGUGAAGUCUAAGUUCGGAAAUUUAGUGAUGUGUGUCGCAUGGGUUGUGCAAAAUACAUGGCGAGUGUGUAGCUUAGUCUACAGCAGUGAAGCUGUCGUUCAGGAGGCUAGCCGUACAGAGAAUCUGGUCAACAAACUGAUGCUGUCACCACUGUCAAGCGACUGCAUGUGCUGUUCUGAACUUCAGCUCUUUGCCCAACAGUUGACAAAUAUUCGCAUUAAGUAUACUGCAGCUAAUCUCUUGUCACUUGACUACAGAAUCGUGAAGGCUGUUGUGGGAACCGUAACUACAUAUAUGGUCAUACUUAUUCAGUUUCGUCUUUCCAAUAUGUGGGAGCAAUAG